GGGGGGGGCGGGUAUUGCAGCUCUCAGCUCACAGGCCACCAAAGCUAAAUGACAGGAGGAAUUUUCCACUGCGUUCAGAUGAUGAUGAUGAUUUGCAGCUUACAUGAGGACCAGUAGUUCAUUCACGAGGGUACUCAGGGCAAUGGCCUUGAACUUGCUGCUGACAGCUUUAAUUGGUUUGUUAGGAACAUUUUCCCCCAGAGGAUCCCAAUGACAGUUUCCCUGAGCAAGAAACUGACACCCAGCCAGGUUCCCUGAUAUGCGGGACACGUGUGUGAGUAUGUUGCUAUCAAAAUAAACUGUCCUUUCCGGCCAGGGUCUGGCUGUCCUAGCACUCCCCAGCCCUGGGGGCUUUGGUGGGAGCCUUUCCUGGCGGGGGUGGCAGCUGCGCUUCCUGUCCCUAGUGGGCUGGUGAGAAAAGGGACUGGAUCAUUGGUUGCGUUUUAAACAGCUGCUGCUCUUCUUGGGAAAUGUUGGGGAGGGGCUGAUCAAGCUUCGCAUUGGGAGGUGAGGCCCUGUUGGUGAAAGGAAAGGCUUCUCAUCAGAAUGUGUAACUGAUGUCCCCUCAGCAGGACCCGAUCUGUCUCCUCCUCAUAACACCUGUUUCCCCAGCUGUGGGGAGAACUGGGAAGCAGAGUCUGUUGUGGUCAUUUUCAGUUUCCCAGCACCUACUAGAAUACAACGCCAAGCAGAUAGUAGUAGACAGAAAAAAAGGGUUAAAGGGAAGAAUAAAAACACAAUUUAAAUUUGAAAUUUAGAAACUGUUAAGGGACUUUGGCCGACAUCUUCAUAACACUUUGAAAAUUACUUCAGUUUGUAGUCUCUUUGAGAUUGUGACAGCCUACUUUAUUCUUUUUUUUUUCUUUGAAAUGUCUAAACUAUCACGUUUCCCUGAACAUGUUAAGAGUAUAUAUGUAUAGGAAGGGAUUUUUCUCUGGAGAUCUUCUGGCCAGGUUUUUUUGGUGGUGGUGGUUACAUAUUUUUAGUGGAAAAAAAUACUUUUAAUUGACUAGGUGCAGAAAAAUAAUCUAAAAACAUUACAUCAUAGUCAUUGUUCUGGCAGAAACACAAGCCUUUAGAGUCAGUGGAGACAAUUCAUCUUAUCUAGUCAUUUACCAUGAACAUUCUUGUGUUACCCACAUUCCGGUUUGCAAAAGUGCCUCCUCCAUUGGAGAAACACACCACACAGCUUAAAAUCUCUCCAUGUUUAACCAAUCGGGAAAUCUGGGGAAAAACAACAACCCUAACUCCUCUCUUUAGCAUUAAUCUCAGGGCAAGGAAACCAUGGAAUUUCAAGUGGCCAAAACACCACCAACCACCGUGCGUGGAUUUGCCCACUUCCUGAACAGGAAUUCAAAAACAAAAACAAACCACUGUGUGAACUAACAAGGCAGCAGUUCAUAUUUGGAGAAGUUAGUUUGCUUACUCCAGUAGUUUAAAAAUAGUUUUUCGGUUAACACCUUUUCCACAUAAUGGAGAUGUCAGGGUAGGUUUUCGUGGUGGUGUAAAUGGUAGGAGGCUGUGCAUGGAGCUGUACACAGCGGAUCGCUGCACAGGCAGACGGGGUUCAGCAAAGCUCCGGGGGAUUUUCCCUGCGGGAGGCUGCUCUCGGGUUGCUGGAAACAGACCGCGGGUGCGUGCCGCCGGCGGCCUUUCCUCCGCCCGCCAGACUCGCGGCGCAGGGUUGGUGAGGGCUGGGGGGCGGGGGGCACUGAUGUCCGUCUCCGCGGUUACCUGAGGUUUGGAGUUGGGGUGCAGAGAGCCAUUUCUGCGGAAAAACAUCCCUUCAGUACAGUGACCACGGAAACGUCACUGUCGGGAGCACAUGCUUUUGAAUAACAAAGCUUUCAAUAGUCCCCACGCAGAGCAAAUUGAUCCUCGCACUGAUUGUAAACCGUUUCCUCCCGCCCCCGCCGUAAGGAUGGGACUCCAGGUCGGUAACGCCGCCUGUCUGGCCAGUGGCCUCGCCUAAGGACAGGACGCCUGAAAGAUCCCGGAAUUCCGUGUCUCCGGGAGGCCGGAGGUUUGGGGACUCGGGCAGGUCGCGCCUCCUUGCGCCCCGAUACGCGGGUUGCCAAGGAAGGCGGCAUCGCUCCGGCAUCUUCUCCGUCGCUAAGCAGCACAUCGCUACACCCGGCUCGGGAACCGGGUAGAUCUUCGGAUGCCUGGGCUCAGGCGAGGCGCCCUCCCCCGGUUUUGCGCGCGGGGCCUGGGGCCUCCCUCCCUGCAGGGCCGGCAGGAAUCAGUGACAUUCAGCAACUCCCCAGCAUGUGGCCCCAAUAACUGCCCUAAAAGAUUAAAGGUUGAACGAGGCUUAAAAGAAGCAGUGAUUCUAUUCACUUGUUAUUGGACUUGAAACUCCUUUGACCUCGGAAGCUGAAGAUGAGGUUGCCAUGGGAACUGCUGCUCCUGCAAUCAUUCAUGUUGUGCCUUGCAGAUGACUACACACUGCAUGGUCCAGUUUUCAUUCAAGAACCAAGUCAUGUCAUGUUCCCUUUGGACUCUGAGGAGAAAAGAGUGAAGCUCAAUUGUGAAGUUAAAGGCAAUCCAAGACCUCAUAUCAGGUGGAAGUUAAAUGGAACGGAUGUUGACCUCGGUACGGAUUUCCGCCACAGUGUUGUUGAAGGAAGCUUGCUGAUCACUAACCCCAAUGCAACCCAAGAUGCUGGGAUGUACCAGUGCAUAGCAGCAAACUCGUUCGGAACCGUUGUCAGCAGAGAAGCAAGGCUUCAGUUUGCCUAUCUUGAAAACUUUAAAACGAGAACGAGAAGCACGGUGUCCGUCCGUCAAGGUCAGGGGAUGGUCCUGCUAUGUGGCCCGCCAGCGCAUUCUGGAGAGCUGAGCUAUGCCUGGAUCUUCAAUGAAUACCCUUCCUAUCAGGACAAUCGACGCUUUGUUUCUCAAGAGACUGGGAAUCUGUAUAUCGCCAAAGUAGAAAAAUCAGAUGUUGGGAAUUAUACCUGUGUGGUGACGAACACAGUGACAAACCACAAGGUCCUGGGGCCGCCCACACCGCUAAUCCUGAGAAAUGACGGGGUGAUGGGUGAAUAUGAGCCCAAAAUAGAAGUGCAGUUCCCAGAAACGGUCCCGACUGCGAAAGGAGCCACGGUGAGGCUGGAAUGCUUCGCCUUGGGGAAUCCAGUACCGACUAUUAUCUGGAGAAGAGCUGAUGGAAAGCCAAUAGCAAGGAAAGCCAGAAGACACAAGUCAAAUGGAAUUCUUGAGAUCCCCAAUUUUCAGCAAGAGGAUGCUGGUUUAUAUGAAUGUGUGGCUGAAAAUUCAAGAGGGAAAAAUGUAGCAAGGGGACAGUUGACUUUCUAUGCUCAACCUAAUUGGAUUCAAAAAAUAAAUGAUAUCCACGUGGCCAUUGAAGAACAUGUCUUUUGGGAAUGCAAAGCUAGUGGAAGACCGAGACCUACAUACAGGUGGCUGAAGAACGGUGAAGCGCUGUCCACUCGGGACAGAAUUCAAAUUGAGCAAGGGACACUCAACAUAACAGUCGUGGAACUCUCCGAUGCUGGCAUGUAUCAGUGUGUGGCAGAGAAUAAACACGGAGUUGUCUUUUCCAACGCUGAGCUCAGUGUUAUAGCUGUGGGUCCAGAUUUUUCAAGAACUCUCUUAAAAAGGGUGACUCUUGUCAAAGUGGGAGGUGAAGUUGUCAUUGAGUGUAAGCCAAAAGCUUCUCCGAAACCUGUCUACUCCUGGAAGAAAGGAAGGGACAUACUAAAGGAAAAUGAAAGAAUUACCAUUUCUGAAGAUGGAAGCCUCAGAAUCAUCAAUGUGACUAAAUCAGAUGCUGGGAGCUACACCUGUGUAGCCACUAACCAUUUUGGAACUGCAAGCAGCACUGGGAACUUGAUAGUGAAAGAUCCAACCAGGGUAAUGGUGCCCCCUUCCAGCAUGGAUGUCACUGUCGGAGAAAGUAUUGUUCUGACAUGCCAGGUGACACAUGACCACUCGCUAGACAUCGUGUUCACGUGGACAUUUAAUGGGCACCCGAUAGAUUUUGACAAAGACGGGGACCACUUUGAAAGAGUCGGAGGGCAGGAUUCAGCUGGUGAUUUGAUGAUCCGAAACAUCCAGCUGAAGCAUGCUGGGAAAUACGUCUGCAUGGUCCGGACAAGUGUGGACAAGCUGUCUGCUGCUGCAGACCUGAUCGUCAGAGGCCCCCCAGGCCCCCCAGAGGCUGUGACCAUAGAUGAAAUCACGGACACCACUGCUCAGCUGUCCUGGAGACCCGGGCCUGACAACCACAGCCCUGUCACCGUGUAUGUCAUUCAAGCCAGGACUCCCUUCUCCGUGGGCUGGCAAGCAGUCAACACAGUCCCGGAGCUCAUCGAUGGAAGAACAUUCACGGCGACCGUGGUGGGUCUGAACCCCUGGGUCGAGUAUGAAUUCCGCACUGUGGCAGCCAAUGUGAUUGGGAUCGGGGAGCCCAGCCGGCCCUCAGAGAAGCGGAGGACAGAAGAGGCCCUCCCUGAGGUCACCCCAGCUAACGUCAGUGGUGGCGGAGGCAGCAAGUCUGAGCUGGUUAUAACCUGGGAGACGGUCCCUGAGGAACUGCAGAACGGGAGAGGCUUUGGGUACGUGGUGGCCUUCCGGCCGUACGGCACAGCCAUCUGGAUGCUGACAGUGCUAGCCUCCGCGGACGCCUGCAGAUACGUGUUCAGGAACGAGAGCGUGCGGCCCUUCUCGCCCUUUGAGGUGAAAGUGGGCGUCUUCAACAACAAGGGAGAGGGCCCUUUCAGUCCCACCACAGUGGUGUAUUCUGCAGAAGAAGAACCUACCAGACCACCCGCCAGCAUCUUUGCCAGAAGUCUUUCUGCAACAGAUAUUGAAGUUUUCUGGGCCUCCCCCAAGGAGAAGAAUAGAGGACGGAUACAAGGCUAUGAGGUUCAAUACUGGAGACAUGAUGACACGGAAGAAAAUGCUAGAAAAAUACGAACAUUUGGAAAUCAGACAUCAACAAAAAUCACCAACUUGCAAGGCAGUGCGCUGUACCAUUUAGCUGUCAAGGCGUACAAUACUGCCGGGACAGGCCCCGCCAGUGCCACGGUCAACGUGACAACCAGAAAGCCACCACCGAGUCAGCCCCCCGGAAACAUCAUAUGGAAUUCAUCGGACUCCAAAAUUAUCCUGAAUUGGGAUCAAGUGAAGGCCCUGGAUAAUGAGUCGGAAGUGAAAGGCUACAAAGUCUUGUAUAGAUGGAACAGACAAAGCAGCACAUCUAUCAUUGAAACAAAUAAAACAUCGGUGGAGCUUUCUUUGCCUCUGGAUGAGGAUUACAUAAUAGAAAUCAAGCCAUUCAGUGAUGGAGGAGAUGGCAGCACCAGUGAACAAAUUCGAAUCCCAAAGAUAUCAAACGCCUAUGCAAGAGGAGCUGGUCCUUCCACAUCCAAUGCGUGCACACUGUCUGCCAUCGGUACCAUCGUGAUGUCGCUCACAGCCAGGUCCAGCUUAUGACAAAAGUCUACAGGACUUGCUGUUUAUAAUCUAAGCAACAUUUAGCUAGUUGUUUUGGAGACACCCAGUACUAAGUAAUAUUGUUGUUCAAGUACAUCUUAUUACUGGAAAACAAAAUGUUUCUUGCUUCUUUAGGGAUGGCAUUAUACAGUACUUCCUCAAAGCAAAUCUAGCUUUGUCUGAAGUUUCUUUGGAAACUCUGCAAUGCACUGAAGACAUCUGUAAUACGAUGUUACCAAAGCAGUUUACAUAUGUCCUUAUAUGCAUAUUUUUAUUAUAUAUUUAGUGUUUUAUAGAAUUUUUUAAAGUUAACAUGAAAUGUAGAUAUUAAUUUUUUCCUCUGCUGUAAAAUGCAACGGGCAACACAACCAUACAAUUAUUAUUUGACAAUAGUUCCUUUCGAGACCGAGUUUGAAACUCGUCUUGGUAAAUAAAUCGUAACUUACUUGUACAGUUUUACAAGUAUCUAUGGCAGGACAAGAGCUGGUCUGUAACUCCAGGCCACCAUGUGUCUAUGACUCUUGGGAUGGUUUACGCAUUGACGUGAAUCCUUUGACAUGUACAGUAUGUUUUUCCGCCCAGUGGUGAAUUUCGUUGUUCAACACAACUUGAGAUGGUUUCAGGAAUGGCCGCAAUUUCAAAACCUAUGCUAGCUGCCCAACAGGUACUUGUGCAAUAUUUCACCCUGCACUUAGCACGGUCCGUGCAGUAAGACUUUCAUGUCCCUCUACGCGGUCAGCAUUGUCUUUGUAGUAGCAUUCUUAGACAUUAAAUCUGAAGUUACAUAUCUAUCCUGUAGUAACAGAGACCAAAAGUGACUAGAAUCAACCAAGUCUUUCAAAGGAUACUAGAUAAUUUUACUAUCUCUAAACGUAUCUGUUUUGAAUGUACAUUUUUUAAAAAAGGUAAUUCUCUGUUCAUGGAUUCACAAUUUCUUUACAGAAUGUCUUAUCUAUAAUAUGUGCAUCUCUUUCAUAAUAGAGCCCUUCUUCUGAAUGGAAAUCGUGUACGGAGUUUAGCAGGUUUCUCAUAUUUCGGCAAAAAGCUGCCUCAGAGAUUUUUUUCCACGACUCUAUGAAAGAUCUUUAGUACAACUGUAUGGUUUCUCGACGACUCUCCUGUUUUUCAAUCAGUAGCUUAGUUGCUUUAUAAGCUUUACCUUCUAAAUGUUAAAAUCACUCAUUGGAAAAUGACAAUAUCAACAAAACCGUAUUCUUAUGAAAGAACUAUUUGUUAUAAUGGGGGAGGUUUUGUAAGCUGACACUAGUGGAACAGUGCAUAUAAAAGACAAUGAAGUUUUCUAUAAAAAUUUUCACAUGUAAACACGCCACCACGUUUUCUUCUUUCUCAGAACGCUCAAAUUUGCCUGCAGUCUGUCAUUUCUCUUUACAGAUAAUAUAAGUUAACUUUUCAACCUUCUAGCUAUAUUUAUCCAAUAAAGUCAUAAUCAGGAUUCCACGUGUGGAAAAACUAGGAUGGUAACCGAAAAAAUAUAUUGUCAGUAUUUCAAUCUGUGUUCCUUUCUUAGUUUGAUAUGGUUACUUCUAUGUUAAAAUAAAACAAAAUUUAAAAGUCACACAUACACACACAAAAAAAACAACAACAAAAUAAUAAAAUGAACGAAAAAAAAAAUGGCACCCCAGAUAGUUCCCCACCCCAGUGUAAAUGAUAUUUACCAGUGAUCUAGCCUAUGUAAUCUUUUUUUUUUAAAAGGUAUUGUUAAUAAAUAUUCUGUCAUUUGUAAAGA